AUCUCAAAACAUCUCUCCACUUGUACUCAAGCGCUCCUAUGAAACGAGAAUCACAUUGAAAUCCCAUACGAAACCGUGCGAUCCAACUUCCCAUCAUGCUUGUCCUUAAUAUGGGACCAGUUUUGGUGUUCUCAUUGGUCUUGUCAUCGACUUAUGCAGGAACCAUGUUGGAUAUGCUGAAUGGCAUGGAGCAAGUGCUCACUGGUUCCGAAGAGUUCGAUCCCGUGCUCUACCAAGCAAUCAGGUCUUGCAUGGAAAAGACGGAUCCCAAUCUGGUCAUUGCCCAGGAGAACCUUUGGAACGGGAUGCUGGAGUACGCCAGCAUUGGAGGUACACUGCUAGAUCCCUGGACACCCUGCGAGAAUGACGUCCCACCACUGCAAAGGACCGACUAUUACGAAACCUACAAUUGCAGUGUUCAAGACUUUGGCGGCAUCCCAAUUCACGAACCUUGCAAUUAUGCUUCCAACAUCGCCUACUAUCAUCUCAUGCUGGAGAUCUGUAACAAGCCCACUUGGCAUAUUCCUGACGAGUCAGUAACAGCCAUCAUCCGGGCAUCUUCCUUCUUGGCCCAAGGCUCUGGAAUGUUCCACGCCAGUCAGACCAUCUUGGGAAAUAUUUUGGAUGGGAACAUGACUGAUCUUUUAGGAUAUGUGGCGUAUCAAGCAGCCAUGGCUGGUGUCCAACCACUUGAUUCAACUAUUAUUCAUGAUCUUGGGCAUGAAUCCAGGCCAUUCAAUGCCGUCGAGGUCUCGGAAAAUGUGCAAAACACCUUUAUUAAUGAUCCAUUGUUGACUUGGGGCGAAACAAUCAACUCUACUAAUAUUCCUCGGUUGAGAUUGACCUUGUGCGGUUAUUUAGGAACCAUCAUGACUCUGGUUUUUGAAGAUGAGGUUGUGGAUCAGAUUGCCGAGUACCUCAUUGAUUCGUUUGACGGGUUCUCGCCUGACUUGAAAGAAUUUUGUUUGCAAACUUUUUUGCCUGAGAUUAGAGUGGUUACGGCUGACUUCGAACUUCCCGAAGAGGAGAAAACCCUUUUGACUCACCGUUUGGAAGGCAUUCUUAUGAAGUUACUUUAUGGUGCUAUUUGGCAGGAGGAGGUGUUCAUCAGCAACGAGGAAUUACUAACCCCUGAGGCCAAUGCAUUGGGCGCCACCUACAUUCCAGUGGUGAACGACUUGGCCAAUAGCCUGCUGGAGUUUGUACACAACAAUCCGGACUUUCAACACGGGAAGCGAGUGUAUCCUGGGGAUGAGUGGUGCAACCCCUUAAUUCCCCACGCCAAAUGGCAUCUUCAGUGUGGAGUGGGUCUCACUGACUUGAUCUUUUUGGCCGACGAUCUCUACCGGAUCUUCGGUCAAUACAAAGGAGCUUGAAUUUUGUGUUUUGAAAAGAGCUUUGAUAGCUAAUAUACAUACCAUGAGAAGCAUUA